AAGUUUCACUGAGUUUCUCGUCGUAUAAUGCUGUUGUAGUUAUACCUGGUUGUACGCAGUUGUACGUAAUUCGCGUAUGGGAAAAUUACGGAAAAUUAGCUUGAAGUUUCAUUAAGGUAAACGCGUAAACGCCAUUUUCAGUUUGCUAAACCUGCAGGCUGCAAGCCAAAAAGCUAGAGGCAAUCCAUCGAAUACUGUGUGGCUCGGUGGUGGUGGUGGUAAGAGCGUCGUCGUCGGUCAGUUGUUGCUUCGGUGUUUCCCGUCGAUUACGCUUAAUCUGUAAUUUCUGGUGAUUAGCGAGGUAACAGCAAAAAGCAGUAAGUGUACGAACUACACGCGACGAACGAAGGAGAGGUUCACCAUGUCGAACGGAAGCGGAGAUCAUGACGAGGAGGGAUACGUGGUGAAGUUACGUGGGCUUCCGUGGUCCACUACGGUCGAUGAAAUAAUGAAAUUCUUCAGCGACUGUUCCAUUUCGAACGGUAAGAACGGUGUUCACAUGACCAUGUCCAGAGAAGGUCGUCCAAGCGGAGAGGCUUACGUAGAAAUGGAUACACCCGAAGAUAUCGAGAAAGCUUGCAAGCGAGACAGGGAUCACAUGGGUCAUCGUUACAUAGAAGUAUUUAAAGCGAAAAGAGGUGAAAUGGAGUGGGUGGUCAAGAGAAGCGGCUUGAACCUAGAGAAUGCUAUGGACGACGGUUGCGUGAGAUUGCGAGGUCUACCAUUUGGCUGUUCCAAAGAAGAGAUAGCACAAUUCUUCUCAGGGUUGGAGAUAUUGCCGAACGGGAUUUCACUACCGACAGACUACACGGGCCGCAGUACUGGGGAGGCUUACGUUCAAUUUGUUAACAAAGAUGUUGCGGAGCGCGCUCUGCAGAAACACAAGGAAAAGAUAGGACACAGAUACAUCGAAAUCUUCCGAAGCAGCUUGUCCGAAGUGCGUGCCAGCAUCGGGCCGAAAAUGCGAGGCGGCCCAAUGGGCGGCUUCAAUCAGAGACCCGCUCCCUAUGACCGCGGCGCCCGUUUCGGUGGAAUGAAUCGGUUCAGCAACAACAGCAGAGGUUCCAGAAACAGAGACUUCGACGGCGGUCCAUGGGGAAGCGGCAAUAACUUCGAUUCUCGCGGAGGGAACAUGGGAAUGCGUGGCGGCGGCAUGGACAUGAAGAGCGGAAACUUUAGGGGUAGCGGUGACACGUGGGGUGGCAAUUCCGCCAUUCACAGCAUACACAUGCGAGGAUUGCCGUUCAAAGCUACCGAGCAAGACAUAGCCGACUUCUUCAGACCCAUCGAACCGAUAAACGUUCAAAUUAUUCUCGAGAACGGCGGCCGGCCAUCUGGAGAAGCGGACGUAGAAUUCGCGACCCACGAGGAGGCUGUCAAAGCCAUGUCUAAGGACAAGAGCCAUAUGUCUCACAGAUACAUCGAGCUGUUCCUAAAUUCCACUGGUGGUUCCAGCGGAAUGUCCCUGGGUGGUAUCGGAAACUUCUGCGGGGGAUUGGGCAAUAACUUCAGGCCCGGAUACUCUCCGAACAGAGGUUUCAGCUCGCAGCUAGGGGGUAGUAAUUAUAAUAGUUUUUGAGGCCGGAUAUCGCGUUACGUGCGCUACCGACGAUAAACCUCCCAAAUCAAACUUUUAUCACAUCGAACGAUUACGUGUAACAAUGAAUUCCGUUUUCAUAUUUCGUUUCAGUUUCACGUCAACUAACUUUUGUUCGUUCCAUUCUGUUCUGUGAGCUACGCCUACGUAUAAUUACAAAGGGAGAGAGUGAAACUGACUUUACUUUAGUUUUUACGAUGAUACACGUAAUAUUCGUGAAAAUCAAUUGAAACCGUUUUCGCGAACGGACCGUGAUUCGAUCGAUGGGAAUUUAUUUUCGACUACUGCGUUUUUCUGUUCACUUUCGUCUGCGUUCAGUGAGUUGGUCGCAGCCCGCGCAGCCGUAUUCGAAGACAAUUUUGAAUCAGUCUUGUUCGGUCACGGUCCGAUUCCGAUAGUGGGAGUUUCAUCCCGACGGAUAGAUGGCCUCGAUGGCUCGAUGCUCGAUUUCAUUUAAAUCUCACGAAAAGUAAAUUACAAAUUUCAAUACAAAAGGAUAGGAAGAAUAUAUUUCUAACUGUGUAAUAAUAUAGCUUUGAACUCUGACAGAAUCGUGGACAGAGUUUAGAAGUAAUACGUUUGCAAUCGUACAAGGAUUCAGUUAGAAUCAUAUCGGAAGUCAUCGCGGACACACGAAUGAUUACAAUCCAUACUGUAACAUAAUAUUUAUCUAAAGAAUAAUUCACGGUUACAUUUAUAUAGUUUAUGCCGAGUAUCGAUUACAACUAUUCUAGAAAUUAACUACGCGAGAGAUGUUGAACUUCUCGCCUCGUUCUCAAUGAUUACGAUGUAUACAUAUAGGAUAUUGUGAAAAAAAUGAGAGUACAUUGAAUGAUCCUAUUCCACUUUUGGCAUUUAUGAAAAUAUUUCGAAUCGUCGUCGACUUGUAGAGCGCUAAAGAGUAAGUUUCUGUAAACGACAUCGCGGGAAGAAAGGAAAUAUUUAUAAUUAAUAUUUCGUUAUAUACAUACAUAUGUACGAGUAAAAGUGGAUAGAGAAUACUCUCUUAUUUGUCAUUGUGAAAAUGAGUGUUGUGCACCGUGCGAGAAUGCUUGUAAUUCGCUUGGAACCUCAUAUUUUGUACGCGAGAAAAAAAGUUGAAAGAGGAGCAAAAUUAUAAAUUAUCUCGUGUAUGAGAAUUAUUAGGAAUGGCGUAUGUUUGAUGUCACCUGUGUUUUAUAAGGUAUAACAAUAAAUAUUAUCUUGAUAAAUAAAGUCUCUUGACCGUACGACGAAAA